UUGGAAAUUACUGUCAAAUCGUUAUAGAAUUCAGGGAAGUAUCAGCCGCCAUGCCGAGGGACGAUGCACCGACGUCAAGCCGAAGCAGCAACACUGGUAACACCACAACCAUCAACAUCAGCAGCGAGAAGGGUCCACAGAAACCAAGGAAAAUGCUGAAUGACCCACGAUUCCGAAUAAAGCCGCUGCAGCAGGUGGCCUCGGCAUGCGCGGGAGCCAUGAUUACGGCUUGCUUUAUGACACCGCUGGAUGUGAUCAAGACGCGUAUGCAGUCACAGCAGUCGCAGUCAAAUAAGUGCUUCCUCUACUGCAACGGCUUAAUGGACCAUCUAUUCUCCUGUGGCGCGCACUCCCGCUCAACUGUGGUGGGCACUGCGUCUCCGCAUUUCAACAGCACACUCGAUGCACUGCUCAAGAUUGGUCGCAACGAAGGCAUUGGUGCACUGUGGUCCGGACUGGGUCCUACUCUCGUCUCGGCGCUGCCUUCAACCAUUGUCUACUUUGUGGCCUACGAGCAGUUCAAAUCGCAAUAUAUAGCAUUGUACAAAAAACACAUCGAACCAUCAUCUUCUAGCUCUCAGCGGAAGCAGAACCAGGAGCAUCUACCACUGAUGAUUCCAAUUCUGUCUGGCGUCACGGCGCGCAUUUGCGCUGUUACCUUUGUCAGUCCCAUAGAGCUAGUGCGUACAAAGAUGCAGUCAAAGCGGAUGAGCUACGCACAGGUUUUGAGCUUUGUGCGCAACGUGAUUGCGCUCCAAGGAGUGUGGGGACUGUGGCGUGGUCUACCGCCCACUAUACUACGCGAUGUGCCCUUCUCGGGCAUCUAUUGGCCCAUUUACGAAUACCUCAAGAUAUAUUUCAACCAAAGCAGCGAAUCCUCGUUUGGCUACAAUUUCAUAUCCGGCGUUAUUGCUGGCGCCGUGGCUGCUCUCGUCACUUGUCCGUUUGAUGUGGUGAAGACACACGAGCAGAUUGAGUUUGGGGAGCGCGUCAUCUUUAACGAUUCGCCCGCCAAGGAGACGCACAAAACAUCUACAUAUAGAAGACUGAAGGCUAUCUAUCGUGCCUACGGCCUGCGCGGACUUUUCGCCGGCUACGGACCCCGACUAUUCAAGGUGGCUCCCGCCUGCGCCAUUAUGAUAUCAACAUUCGAAUACAGCAAACAAUAUUUUUUCUACUACAAUAUUAAUCAGCACAAUGAGGCGUUGCUGCUCAGCAACCCGAAUGCCAUCCUAAUCAAUGAGGACGAUAUCGAUUAGCGCCAAGCGCUGGAAUUAAAUUCUUUAUUUGUAAAUAAAACGUUUCGUGUACUACAUAGUAUAUG